AAAGCAGUUAAUAUUUGUCGGCACAGGUCUUUGAUACAAGUUUGCAGAAAAAUUUUUACGGGAGAUAUACAAGAAAAGAAAAAAGAUGUGUCUCCCUUGAAAACUCCUUAAUACCAAUAACCAAACUCGUUGUUUUACGCAAAAAUAAAAAAAAUUGGUAUAUCAUCCCACUUUUUUGAUUUGGAAAUCAACAGCAAACACAACAGCUUCCUGUUAUUAAUCAAACUAAUACAUUAUCCUUAACAAUAGAUAUUUAAUCCUAUACCCAACAUGGCUAUGUCUAAAGUAAUAAGGGUACUGGAGAAAUCCAUUGCUCCUUCGCCACAUAGUGUACUAAUGGAGCAUCGUCAUAAAAACGACAGCAUACUAUUUGAAUCGCAUGCAGUGGCAUUGCUGUCACAACAAGAGACGGAUAUCAUACGUAAACAAUAUACCAAAGUUUGUGAUGCCUAUGGCUGUUUGGGUGUUUUGCAAUUAAAUGCUGGCGAAAGUACGGUAUUAUUUCUAGUGCUGGUCACUGGUUGUGUGUCGAUGGGUAAAAUAGGCGAUGUAGAAGUGUUUCGUAUACAGCAGACACAAUUUGUUUCUUUGCAAAAUGCAGCACCCAAUGAAGAUAAGAUAUCGGAAGUUAGGAAAUUACUUAAUUCGGGUACAUUUUAUUUUGCCCACACCAAUCAGACAUCGACUACCAUGAAUAAGUUUGAUAUAACAUUGUGUGCCCAAAGGCGUCAGCAGACAUCUGAAACGGAUAAUCGUUUCUUUUGGAAUCGUAUGAUGCAUAUACAUAUGCUAAGAUUUGGUAUAGAUUGUCAGGCCUGGUUGUUGAAGGCCAUGUGUGGUUCGGUGGAAAUACGUACAGUAUAUAUAGGAGCUAAACAAGCAAGGGCAGCAAUUAUAUCAAGAUUGUCUUGUGAAAGAGCUGGCACUAGAUUCAAUGUUAGAGGCACCAACGAUGAAGGUCAUGUUGCUAAUUUUGUGGAAACUGAACAGGUAAUUCAUGUUGAUAAUGAUGUCACCAGUUAUGUCCAAACUAGAGGUUCUGUACCCUUAUUUUGGGAACAACCUGGUGUUCAAGUAGGCUCGCACAAAGUUAAACUUUCUCGCGGCUUUGAAACAUCUGCUGCUGCUUUUGAUCGUCAUAUGUCUAUGAUGAAACAACGUUAUGGCUACCAAGCCAUUAUAAAUCUCUUGGGCACUUCGUUGGUGGGUAGCAAAGAAGGCGAAGCCAUGUUAAGCAAUGAAUUUCAAAGACACCAUGGGAUGUCGGCUCACAAGGAUGUUCCUCAUAUCAUUUUCGAUUAUCACCAAGAGUGUCGUGGUGGCAAUUUUGGUGCUUUAUCCAAGCUUAAGGAGCGCAUAACUGCCUGCGGCAUUAACUUUGGCAUAUUUCAUGUUUCCAAUGGUCAGGUGUUGCGCGAACAAUUUGGUGUUAUACGCACCAAUUGUUUGGAUUGUUUAGAUCGUACUAAUUGUGUGCAGACUUAUUUGGGUCUCGACACUUUGGCAGUGCAAAUAGAAGCUUUGGGUAUGGGCGAGAAGAAAAAUUAUUCCAGAUUUGAAGAGAUUUUUAAGCAAAUGUGGAUUAAUAAUGGUAAUGAGGUUAGCAAGAUUUAUGCUGGUACUGGAGCCAUUCAGGGCGGUUCAAAACUCAUGGAUGGAGCAAGAUCAGCAGCUAGGACUAUACAAAAUAAUCUGUUGGAUAAUUCAAAACAAGAAGCCAUUGACAUUCUCCUAGUUGGCUCCACACUCAACUCCGAAUUAGCCGAUAGAGCUCGCAUUUUAUUACCUUCCAAUAUGUUGCAUGCUCCCACCACAGUUUUGCGUGAAAUGUGCAAACGUUAUACGGAAUAUGUAACCCCUAAAACGGCACGUGUAGCUGUUGGAACUUACAACGUAAAUGGUGGCAAGCAUUUUCGCAGUAUUGUCUUCAAGGAUUCGCUUUCGGAUUGGCUUUUAGAUUGUCAUGCUUUAGCACGCUCUAAGGCUUUGGUUAAUGUUAAUAAUCCAUCAGAGAAUGCUGGCAAUCCAGUGGAUAUUUAUGCUAUAGGCUUUCAGGAAAUUGUCGAUUUAAAUGCUUCCAAUAUAAUGGCUGCUAGUACAGAUAAUGCCAAGCUAUGGGCUGAGGAAUUACAGAAAACCAUAUCACGUGAUAAUGAUUAUGUUCUUUUGACUUAUCAGCAGUUGGUGGGCGUGUGUCUGUAUAUUUAUAUACGACCCGAACAUGCUCCCUACAUAAAAGAUGUGGCUAUAGAUUGUGUUAAGACGGGUUUGGGUGGCGCAACUGGUAAUAAGGGAGCUUGUGCUAUACGUUUUGUUUUGCAUGGCACUUCUAUGUGUUUUGUUUGCGCACAUUUUGCGGCAGGUCAAUCGCAGGUGGCCGAGCGUAAUGCUGAUUAUGCUGAGAUCACCCGCAAAUUGGCUUUUCCCAUGGGCCGCACUUUAAAGUCACACGAUUGGGUAUUCUGGUGUGGUGAUUUCAAUUAUCGCAUUGACAUGGAUAAAGAGGAACUUAAAGAGUCCAUACGCAAUGGUGAUUUGUCGGCUGUCUUGGAAAAUGAUCAAUUACGCAAGGAACAAGAGGCGGGCAAUGUAUUUUCCGAUUUUCUAGAAGGUGAAAUUACCUUUGAUCCCACUUAUAAAUACGACUUGUUUAGUGAUGACUACGAUACCUCGGAGAAACAAAGAGCACCCGCCUGGACUGAUCGUGUAUUAUGGCGUCGGCGCAAGGCAUUAGCUGAAUCAGAUUUUGCCAAUAAUGAUUGGAAUCCGGGUAAAUUAAUACACUAUGGAAGGUCAGAGCUUAAGCAAAGUGAUCAUCGUCCGGUUAUAGCCAUAAUUGAUGCUGAAAUUAUGGAAAUAGAUCAGAAGCGUAGAAGAACUGUUUUCGAACAGGUUAUUAGAGAUUUAGGACCACCAGAUUCCACUAUAGUGGUUCAUGUUAAAGACGUCGCGGUAGACGAUGAAGGACCUACUAUUUAUGAUGAAAAUGUUAUGUCCACUUUGAUACAGGAACUAACUAAAAUGGGUGAGGUUACUUUGGUACGUUAUGUAGAGGAUACUAUGUGGGUAACCUUUAGAGAUGGUGAGGCUGCACUUAAUGCCGUAGCCAAGGGUCAGCUUAAUAUUUGUGGUUUAGAUUUGGAAUUUGAAUUGAAAUCUCCAAAUUGGCAUCAUUUUGUGGACAAUGAAAUUGAAUUGUGCACCACCAAUACUAUAGCUUUGUGUGCAAAUCCUCAAGAACAGGCACAGCUAUUGAAUGCCACCCCGGAAGUGCCACAAAGACCAAAACAACCACCCACAAGGCCAGCACCCGCCAGGCCACCCAUACCCAUGUCACCAAAGAAUUCACCCAGACAUUUGCCACAUGCCGGCGUUAUUAGUGUAGUGCCCGAAAUGUUACAGAAACCGGCCAAGCCUCCAAUGCCACCACAGCCGCAACAACCACCACAAUUGCCACCACCCCUAAGACCAGUACCGGUGGGCUCGGGCUCGGAUACGGCACCUUCCUCCAAGUCACAAUCGCCAACCGAACAAACUUCUCCGCUACACUCUUCAUCCGGCAAAGUGUCACCCUCUGGUUCAGGUUCUCAGGCCGGUUCAUUGCCGCCCACACCACCACGUCACACACAAAGCAAGAACGUAACACCAGCUUCGACACCGUCACGCCAAUCAAAACAAUCAUCGGUCGAUGUGCAAGAUACCUCAACAUACAACGAGAGCAAUAUUUAUGAAGAAAUACCAGAUAUACCUGCACCCCGACAUCCACCACCAGCCUUUCCACCCCCCGUGGGUUUAAUGGAUGGUGGCAGUAGUGAAAGUCCUGCUAGAAGACCACCACAAAUGCCGACGAAUGCACCCAUGGGUCCUCCACCACCACUACCCGUUAGACGAGGUCCCCCACCUAUACCAAAUCGUACAGGGAAUGCACCACCCUUGCCGAAUAGACCAAAUAAUAAUUAAAAAAAUUAAACAUUUAGUAAUCCUAACGUACUUAAAAUGGUAAGUAGUAAAGUUAAAGAAGUGAAGAAGAAAAACAAGAAUUUAACAUUCCUUUUUAGACAUAUUGUAUGUUUUUUUUAAUAAAAAACAAAUUAAUCAAACUAAUCAUAAA